AAAUACCAGUAGAGAGAGAAACCUCUGUUUUGCCGUUACUUACUCUUCUUCUUCGCCGGAAACUUGAGAACUCACAGUUCCAUUUUUAUCAUAGAAUCAAAUAUAAAGAUAAUCAAAAGCGGUUGAAGAAGGAGAAGAGAUUGAGAUUGAAUUUCGUUUUCUUUAUUGAAGGAAUUUCAGGAAGUUCUGCAUAUGUGAUCGGCAUUGCGUUCGUGAAGGAAGAUUUUGAUUGAUCCAGUUUGAGUUUAUUGGAAAUGGCUGGAGCACUCACUUUAAGUGUUGGAUCUCUUGUUUGGUUGGAAGAUCCUGAUGUGGCAUGGAUAGAUGGAGAAGUCACAGAGGUUAAUGGUGAUAAUUUAAAGGUUCUUUGCUCGUCAGGGAAAACGGUUGAUGUGAAGUCUAACACUAUAUACCCCAAAGAUGCUGAAGCACCAGCAUGUGGAGUUGAUGAUAUGACAAAGUUGGCAUAUUUGCAUGAGCCAGGAGUUCUACAAAAUUUGAGGUCCAGAUACGAUAUUAAUGAAAUAUAUACAUACACAGGGAACAUACUUAUAGCCGUGAAUCCCUUUAUGAGACUACCACAUCUAUAUGAUAGCCAUAUGAUGGCCCAAUAUAAAGGGGCCGACUUUGGUGAAUUGAGUCCCCACCCUUUUGCUGUUGCUGAUGCAGCGUACAGACAAAUGAUCGGUGAUGGAAUAAGCCAGGCUAUUUUGGUCAGUGGUGAGAGCGGUGCAGGUAAAACAGAAAGCACAAAAUUGCUUAUGCGUUACCUUGCUUACAUGGGAGGAAGGGGAGAAACUGAAGGUAGGACAGUUGAACAGCAAGUGUUGGAGUCAAAUCCAGUUCUGGAAGCUUUUGGUAAUGCAAAAACCGUAAGAAAUAACAACUCGAGUCGUUUUGGGAAGUUUGUUGAGCUCCAGUUUGACCAAAAGGGAAAGAUCUCUGGAGCUGCUGUCAGAACUUACUUGCUUGAAAGAUCACGUGUUUGCCAAAUAUCUGAUCCUGAGAGGAACUAUCACUGUUUUUACAUGCUUUGUGCCGCACCACCAGAGGACGUGAAAAGGUUCAAAUUAGGGAACCCAAGAACUUUCCAUUACCUUAAUCAAACAAAUUGUUUUGAGCUUGACGGUUUGGACGAUGCUAAAGAGUAUCUUGAAACAAGAAGAGCUAUGGACAUUGUUGGAAUAAGUUCUGAGGAGCAAGAUGGUAUUUUCCGAGUAGUGGCUUCUAUUCUUCAUCUUGGGAACAUUGAGUUUUCUAAGGGGGAGGAAGCUGACUCGUCCAUGCCUAAAGAUGAAAAGUCUUGGUUCCAUCUGAAAACUGCAUCAGAGCUGUUAAUGUGUGAUCCAAAAGCUUUAGAAGAUUCCCUUUGUAAAAAGGUAAUUGUAACCCGGGAUGAGACCAUUACAAAAUGGCUGGACCCAAAAUCAGCUACUACCAGUAGAGAUGCGUUAGCAAAAGUGAUUUACUCAAGGUUGUUUGAUUGGCUUGUGGAUAAGAUUAAUAAUUCAAUCGGUCAAGACCCUGAUUCAAAGGUUUUAAUUGGAGUUUUGGAUAUCUAUGGUUUUGAAAGCUUCAAGACAAACAGUUUUGAACAGUUUUGCAUUAACUUAACCAACGAGAAACUUCAGCAGCACUUCAAUCAGCAUGUUUUCAAAAUGGAGCAAGAAGAGUAUACAAAGGAAGAAAUCAACUGGAGCUACAUUGAGUUUGUUGAUAAUAAAGACAUUCUGGAUCUUAUUGAAAAGAAACCUGGUGGCAUAAUAGCUCUUCUUGAUGAAGCUUGUAUGUUCCCCAGAUCAACAAAUGAAACAUUUGCUCAAAAGCUGUACCAGACAUUUACCCAACAUAAGCGUUUCAGUAAACCAAAGCUAUCACGUACCGAUUUCACUGUUCACCAUUAUGCUGGUGAUGUGACAUACCAAACUGAACUAUUUCUGGACAAGAACAAAGAUUAUGUCAUUGCUGAACAUCAAGAUCUUUUGACUGCUUCAACUUGUUCUUUUGUGUCUGGUUUAUUCCCAUCUAGUGUGGAUUCCUCUAAACAAUCAAAAUUUUCUUCAAUAGGGACACGAUUCAAGCAACAAUUACAAACAUUGCUGGAAACGCUAAGCUCCACAGAACCUCAUUACAUUCGUUGCGUAAAGCCUAAUAACCUUCUUAAGCCAGCAAUUUUUGAAAACCAGAAUGUCCUUCAGCAGUUAAGAUGCGGGGGUGUCCUUGAGGCAAUUAGGAUUAGUUGUGCUGGGUAUCCCACAAGAAAACCUUUCUAUGAGUUUCUUCAUCGAUUUGGCAUACUUGUUCCUGAUGUUUUGGAUGGGAGUUCUGAUGAGAUUGCUGCUUGUAAGAGGCUCCUGGAAAAGGUCGGACUACAGGGCUAUCAGAUUGGCAAGACAAAGGUGUUUCUAAGGGCUGGACAGAUGGCAGAUCUGGAUGCCCGCAGAAUCGAGAUUUUGGGAAAAUCAGCAAGCAUUAUUCAGAGGAAAGCCCGGUCUUACAUGGCUAAGAAAAGCUUUAUUUUGUUGCGUGGUUCUACAAUAAGGAUACAAUCAAUCUGCAGAGGACAACUUGUCAGGAAAGUUUACGAGGACAUGAGAAGGGAAGCUGCUGCUCUGAGAAUUCAGAGAAACUUGCGCAUGUAUCUUGCAAAGAAAACUUAUGAAAAACUAUGCAGUUCUUCCAUUUCUAUUCAGACUGGUAUGCGAGGGAUGGCUGCACGAAAUAUGCUUCGCUUCAGAAGGCAAACAAAAGCAGCAAUCAUAAUUCAGAGUCAUUGUCGCCGGUUCAUAGCUCAGUUGUACUACAGUAAGCUAAAGAAAGCUGCAAUUACUACUCAAUGUUUAUGGCGUGGAAAAGUUGCUCGUAAAGAAUUACAAAAGCUGAAAAUGGCUGCAAAGGAGACUGGUGCUCUGCAAGCUGCCAAGAACAAGCUGGAGAAGCAAGUUGAAGAGCUAACAUGGCGCUUACAGCUGGAGAAACGUUUGAGGUCUGACUUAGAAGAAGCCAAAACACAAGAAAAUUCCAAGCUCCAGUCUGCUUUGGAAGAGAUGAAGAAUCAAUUCCAACAAGCUAAGGAAACUUUUGCAAAGGAGCGUGUAGCAGUCAAAACGGAAGUAGAGCAAAUCCCUAUUAUACAGGAAGUCCCAGUAAUUGACCAUGAAAUGGUACAUAAGUUGACUGCUGAAAAUGAUGAACUGAAGGUUAUGAUAAGUUCUUUGGAAAAGAGAAUUGAUGAAACAGAGAAAAAGUAUGAAGAGGAAAAGAAACUUAGCCAGGAGAGGUUAAAGCAGGCAUUGGACGCCGAGUCAAACAUAAUAAAACUGAAGACUGAUAUGAGAAGCCUUCAAGAAAAGGUUUUUGACAUGGAGUCUGAGAAUAAAAUUCUCCGUCAGCAGUCAUUAGUUAAUACUACUGUUAGAAGGGUCCCCGAACAGCCCCAAAUACCACUUGCGAAGCUUUUGGAUAAUGGUCAUUAUGGGAAUGAAGAUAUUAGCAUUAGUGAACCUGAAACUCCAACACCUGUGAAGAAGUUUGGGACAGAAUCUGAUAGCAAACUCAGGAGAUCAAUAAUUGAUCGCCAACAUGAGAAUGUCGAUGCACUUGUCAACUGUGUCAUUAAAGAUGUAGGAUUCAGUCAGGGAAAGCCUGUUGCAGCCUUCACGAUUUACAAAUGCCUUCUCCACUGGAAAUCAUUUGAGGCUGAGAGGACUAGUGUGUUUGAUCACCUUAUUCAAAUGAUUGGUUCAGCUAUUGAGAAUCAGGAUGACAAUGAUCAUAUGGCUUAUUGGCUAUCAAAUACUUCUACAUUGUUGUAUUUGCUACAAAAAAGCUUAAAAGCUUCUGGUACCACAAAUCGAAAACCACCAAAUCCGACAUCACUUUUUGGGAGAAUGGCAUUGGGAUUCCGUUCUUCUUCUUUUUCGCAAAUGGCUCCACCUGUAAUUGAGGUAGUGAGGCAAGUUGAGGCCAAAUACCCUGCUCUUCUUUUCAAGCAGCAGCUCACUGCAUAUGUGGAGAAGAUCUAUGGCAUAAUUCGUGAUAAUUUGAAAAAGGAGUUGACAUCAUCGCUUUCCUUGUGUAUUCAGGCACCGAGAACAUUAAAAGGAAAUGUGCUGAGAGGAGCCCGAUCAUUUGGGAAAGAUUCUCCACCUAGUCAUUGGCAGUUAAUUGUUGAAUCUCUCAACUCUCUUCUCAAUACCCUGAAAGAAAAAUUUGUCCCAACAAUUCUUGUACAGAAAAUCUUCACUCAGAAUUUCUCAUACAUAAAUGUGCAACUCUUCAAUAGCCUUCUACUUCGUCGAGAGUGUUGUACUUUUAGCAAUGGGGAAUAUGUGAAAUCUGGUUUGGCAGAAUUAGAGUUGUGGAGCUGUCAUGCAAAAGAUGAGUAUGCAGGAUCAUCAUGGGAUGAACUUAAACACAUAAGACAAGCUGUUGGAUUCUUGGUCAUACAUCAAAAGUACAGGAUCUCAUACGAUGAAAUCACCAAUGAUCUAUGCCCAAUUCUGAGUGUUCAGCAACUCUAUAGAAUUUGUACCUUAUACUGGGAUGAUAACUACAAUACUCGAAGUGUAUCUCCAGAUGUCAUUUCUGGCAUGAGAAUACUAAUGACUGAAGAUUCAAACAAUGCCGACAGCAAUUCAUUUUUAUUGGACGACAAUUCCAGCAUUCCCUUCUCAGUGGACGAUCUAUCAAGUUCAUUAAAUGAUAAAGAAUUUACAGAUGUAAAGCCUUCAGCCGAACUUCUUGAGAAUCCACUCUUUCAAUUCCUGGAUGAAUGAGGGAGGGCUGAGGAACAUAGUAUCAAAAUCAUUGGUUUAAUUGUUUUGAUUCUAUAAUUCUUUAUUUAUUUUGUAUAGUUUUUCAUCUAUACAUAUACAUUAUAUAGGCAAAAGUAUAAUAUUAUAUGAUAAAAAAAAAGAAGACCAUAGUUGGUUGGUGGUUAGUGUUUUUGUUCCUGUGGCCACCUAUUUCAAUGUAAUUGACUCAGAUUAUUGGUUUUGGUUAAUAAUACAUUGUUGGAGAUUCAAGUUUUUGGUU